CGUCAGUCUCUAGCAAAUUAUAGCGUCAGACUCUAGCAUAUUUUAGCGUCAGACUCUAGCAAAUUAUAGCGUCAGACUCUAGCAUAUUUUAGCGUCAGACUCUAGCAAAAACUAGUUCUUCAGCAGUCCAAAAACGUCACAGCAAAGUGUAUGGAAACCCUAUCGCCCCCUCCUUCUAUUCAAUAUCUCCUUGCUAAAUACCAUGACACUAAAGAAAGAGCGUUUGAAAGAAAAAGAAGACUUGAAACAUGGUUAGAAAAAUCUUUCAUAAAUCCUCGUCUUCGACAUAUUGAGAAAAAAGCUGAGCGUGCAAAACAACGAUGUUUGCGAGAUACAAAUCCAGCGAAAUCUGGUAUUUCAUUUCAGGAACAUGAUCUUCCGCGCUAUUUUAGUUCAGAUUCAUUCGAAUUUAUAGCACCGGAGAAAAUCAAAUUUCAAGAGCACUGGGAAUCAAGGGAUACUAAGUUUUCCAUCAGUGAAAAUGCAACUAACAUUAACCACAUAAUUCCAUACCAAGUCCAUACAAACGUACUGCACGUUCUACUCUGCUCUACAGAUGUACUCACUGUAGACACUUUCUACCUUGUCCGUGUAACCACUUCAGUAUCUGCAUUAGAUCAGAAGAAUUUUAGUUACUGCUCCAUCGAAACUACAUUGGUAUUUUUUGAUGAUUGCGUCAACACUACAAACAACAGGAGCAGAUUUUUCUCCGUGUCAAGUUCUAAUGUAUGUGGAAGUGAGGAAGAUGAGUGUUGGGAGUAUCUAAACGAUGAAGAAUAUCAGUCAGACAAUUCAGAAGAAUGGGUGUACGAAGAAUAUGCUAUUGAGGAGGUUGUUCCUGAUUUUCCUUGUAAAAAGCUACAGAGUCCUUGGUCAUCAUCGGAAAUAAGAUUUCCUUUGCCAAGAGAAUGUAUGGAAAGUAGUUCCAGAUUAGAAGCUUUGUUUCAAGAUUUACUUGACAAAGAAAGCAGUAUUCUGAUGGAUAUUCAAUCAGACGAGGAUAUUCCUAUAGAAAAGAGAAAAGAGCUCAAACCAAGCAUUUUAAAAUCUAAUUGUCCAAAGGAUAAACAGGGCAGAUUGCAUGGACAGGGGGAAAUCUUUUACUCCAAUGGAUCCAAAUUUACAGGAAGAUUAUUUCAUGGAUGUAGAGAGGGAGUGGGCGUUUUGGAAUAUUUAAAUGGGGAUAUGAUCACAGGAGAUUAUAAGAGGGAUAAACUGAAUGGUUGGUGUGAAUUUGUAUCUGAAAAUACUGGCCUCUGGAGGCAAAAUUAUUUCAGAGAUGGCUAUGAAUGUGGAUACUACAGGACUAUUUAUACAGACAGUACAGUCGAAUUUGGUAAAAUUGGAUCUAAUUCAGUUUGGAGGUUUUUAGAAGGAGGGGCUGCAAUGUUCGGAACAAUAAAUAAAAAUGGAAAAUUCGAGGGUCAUGACAUUUUAUACCUCUACCCUGGUUAUAGAAUCUGUAUUAAUGGCGAGUAUACCGAAGGCAAGCUAAAAUCUGGAUAUGAAUGCAUUUUAAAAAAGUUAAAAAUCAACAAUGGAAUGCCGAGGCCGGAAAUAUGGAAAUUAAGAAACACAAGAACACUGUCCUAUGAGUUUCCUGGCACACAUUGUCCUGCAAAGAAUUUGCAUUUGCGAGAUAUAAUUGAUAUUAUCAAUGUGUAUGUUGAUCAAUCUAAUAUACCUUACGCUGGGGAAGGGCUUUUUGCAAAGAAAUUUAUUAAAAAAGGAGAACUUGUUGUUUUAUUCAACGGUGCACGAAAAAGGAAAAUAUCUAGGGAACACCAGUUUGAAGAAUUCAGUGAUUACUGUAUACGUGUGGACUCCGUUUUGAGCCUAGAUAUUCCAGAAUGUUUUGUUCCAGUCAACAACUAUUCAGCUACGCUUGCACAUAAGGCGUGCCACUCAUUUUCUCCUAAUGCUGGAUUCUACAUUCUUGAACAUCCAAGAUUUGGUAAAAUAAUGUCUAUCAAAGCUCUUGAAGAUUUGCGAAGAGGAGAUGAGAUCUUAGUCUCAUAUAACUAUAGAAUGGAAGGUGCUCCAGAGUGGUAUUCUGAGCUCUGGUAUAAUCAUCUCAGAUGCCUCGGUUGGCCAGAGAGCUUUGUAACCAAGUUUGGCUUGGCUGCAUCUGGAUGUUCAAAUAUCUUUAAAAGUGUUGAAAGUAAACUUAAAUAUGUUUGUUAAAAGUAAUUAUCUCAAAAGCUUUGUAAAUAAAAAUAUCUAAAAACUGUUAAUUUGAAGAGAAAAGCAGUUUGUGCAAAAAUAUUUGUUGCUUGAUGCAACCAAAAAUAGCCAUAUUAUAUGUUUUUAUUGUUAUUCAAUUUUGUUGUGCUAUUACUUUGAACCCUUGAUUUGAGCAAGAAUUAUAUAGUUUAUUUUUUGUUUACUUCCGGUCAAAAGUUUUCCAUUUUUACUUCGUCUAACCACUCUUUGAACCUUGCAGCUUUCAACUGACAACAUGAUGGAAAAAUAUAUUCAGAUUUAUACAAAAAAUGAUCUGACUCCUCUUUUUUUAUUUUACGCACAAGUAUAG